CAGAUCAACAUGGCUCGUCUAGCAGUUGUUGCAGUGGCCUUAGGGCUUUUCGCUAUUACGUACGCAGCGCCAGGAGGAUAUGGCGGUGGUAGCCAAGGAGGCGGCGGUGGUGGUGGCCUAGGAGGGGGCUACGGUGGCGGCGGCGGUGGCGGUGGCGGCUUCGGUGGCGGUGCCGGCGGUGGCAAGGGAGGCGGCGGUGGAUUCGGAGGCGGCCUCGGCGGUGGUAACGGCGGCGGCGGUGGACUCGGCGGUGGUCAUGGAGGAGCCGGUGGCGGCGGACUCGGCGGUGGUCACGGAGGAGCUGGCGGUCACGGAGGCGGACUCGGCGGUGGCAGCGGAGGUGGACUCGGCGGCGGUAGCGGCGGCGGUGGCGGUCUUGGCGGCGGUCACGGAGGAUCCGGCGGCGGUGGUCAUGGAGGAUCCGGCGGUGGAAACGGAGGUGGCUACGGCGGAGCUUCUGCCAACGCGAACGCUAAUGCCAACGCUAACGCUCACGCUGGAGCCGGCGGCGGCGGCUAUGGCGGACACAAGGGUGGAUACGGACGCUAAACUGCUACCUGAAAACCGUUAAGAACAAAAUUCAAAAAGCUCAUUGUGAUAAUAACAAAUAGUUACGUUUCGCCAUAAAUAUGUAUUAAAUGCAAUAUAUUGUUUUUAAAAAAAAA